AUAUUAAAAAGCCUCUUUCAUCUCCUGAACCCCGAUCUCCACUCACGAAGGAAGCGAAAUCAUAGAUACCUGAGACACAAAAAUGGACACAAACUGGCUGGCUGCACGCAAUAACCAUACAUACGAAAAUGGCCGCCGCUACUACGGCUUCAGGUCCGAAUUCCCCUUCCCAGACGACAAAACGGCCGUCGUAGCACACGGCGCGAUCAACGGCAUCUGGCAUGAUCUCCUAGACGGCAAAACCUUUAUUGCCCCUAUAGAGCCAGUCCAGAAAACACACAAAUUUCUCGAAUUUGCUACCCGCAGCGGCUCCUGGACGCUUAUGGUGCUGGAGCAACAUCAUCCUGCCCCGCGCUUGACGGGCAUAGACGUGACCCAAAUGUCUGCGAAUCACCGGUAUUUCGAGAACCACGACAUUGAAGGCGAGUGGCCGUUCACUGCAAAACAGGCAUUUCAUUUGAUCCAUGCGCAGUCCCUGGGCGGGUUGAUUGCCGACUAUAACGGGUUCUACGCCAAUGCGUUCCGGCAUCUUCUCCCGGGCGGGUGGUUAGAAGUGUGGGAGAACGACUUGCGCUUCUUGACCGACAACCCACAGAAUGAGACCCGGCUAGUGGCGCUUAGGGAAUGGGAGGCACUAAUGCAUCAGGCGGCGGCUAGUUUUGGCAAGAGAAUCAACGUGGUAGCCGAGCAGAAGGAGCUGAUACACUCGGCUGGCUUUGUACAAGUCGAGGAACAGAUAUUCAAGGUCCCCUUUGAUGACUGGAGUGAUGACCCAAAAUUGAAAUGCAUCGGGCGGUCCUAUGUGUUCCUAAUGCAGCACGCGCUGGAGGGAUACACCCUACGUCUAUUCACUAAAACAUUGGGCUGGUCAAAGGAAGACACCGAUGCCCUAAUUAGUCGGGUGCAGGAGGAACUAAAACAAGAUGAUCUGCGGCUCUAUUCAUACUUCCAUCUCUUUAUAGGGCACAAGCCCUCAAAUGCCCCUCGAAAAUAAUAGGAGGGAGGGUGGAAGUGUUGACAAGACAGAGAAAAGAAUGAAGCAUAUGAUCAUGAAGCGGAAUUAGAUUAGUCAACUGUGGUGCUCAAGAGCAACUCUCCAUUCAGGGAAUGAAUUGUCAUUUGUGGUACCAUAAAUGAUAGCUAAUCAAACAUUCCGGAAUUACGCAGUGAUUCCUCUAAUGGCGAAGUUGGGCAUUACUAGAGUCUAGCCUCCUCAAC